AUGUGCUCGUUCGAACUUCAUGGCUUUGCUGACGUUUCUGAAAAGGCGGACGGUGCUGUCGUUUAUUUAAAGACAAUUUCGCCUAACGGAAAUUGUUUUAUUGGACUCAUUUCUUCUAAGACAAAGGUCGCUCCUGUUCAAACUGUUCCGCUUCCUCGUCUUGAGCUAUGUGCCUCAGUUUUGUUAGCUCGUCUCAUCGCUCACCUUCAAACUCAACUGCGUUUUGAUGCUGCUCUACAUUUGUGGUCUGAUUCUAUGAACACACUUCAUUGGAUUUCAGCUGUUUCUACAAGAUGGAUGACAUACGUCGCGAAUCGGGUUUCGGAAAUUCAAAUGAUCGUUCCUUCAGCAAUUUGGCAUCAUGUUCCGGGUGCAGAUAAUCCAGCUGACUGUACUUCUCGCGGGUUGUUAGCUUGCGAACUUUCGCAGUUUUCACUCUGGUGGAAUGGUCCUCAGUGGCUUAAAACACAAGAAGAGUGGCCUUCAUCUCUGCUUGGCCCUCCAGAAAAUACAGUGGCCAAAGAAGAACGUAGAGUUACUGUAAACGUAGCAAUUUCUAAGCCUAGCACUCUAAUAAAGUUGACUCCAUUUUUUGAUGGUCAACUUCUUCGUGUCGGAGGUCGCUUAAAGCACUCUCUUCUCACUUAUGAUGAGAAGCAUCCACUGAUUCUACCUCCUGAGUCUUAUCUCACAACUCUUAUCAUCCGCGACUGUCACCUUCGCUGUCUUCAUUGGGGUGUCCAACUUACCCUUGGAACGUUACGACAAUCUUAUUGGAUUCUUCGAGGUCGCAAUUUGGUCCGAUCAUUGAUUCAUCGGUGCAUUCCAUGCGUCAGAAACAGAGGUAAUACUGAGCAACAGCUGAUGAGUAACCUCUCUUCCAUUCACAUUACUCCACCUGAACGAGCAUUCAUGAACACUGCGGUAGACUAUGCUGGCCCCAUCAAUGUUCGCACCUCCAAAGGACGAGGUCACCAUUCCCACCAAGCCUGGAUUUGUAUUUUCGUCUGUUGUGCCUCCAGCUCAGUUCAUCUCGAGUUGAUUUCUGAUUACACAGCAGAAGCCUUCAUAGCUGCUUAUAUUCGCUUCACUUCUCGUCGUGAUCUUUAUCGAACGUUGUCUAGUGACGAGGGUACGAAUUUUGUGGGAGCAGAUCGUUAA